AUGGGUGCUCUUUUUUCUCGUCCUGGUCACGAUGCCAAUACCCUCUCGCUUGGUCUCUUUGAGGCUGGCAAUACAUCGUCCAUCAAUAGCCCCACGAUUGCCCCGUAUCUUGGCAUAAAUACGGGCGUCUACAAUGGCAUCAACACCAGCAGUCUUCCGCCCAUACCCUUGGAGUGGAUUGUAUCUCCGAUGCACGGAUCGGGUGCAUGUCCCAGCGACGCACGGAUUGCGACGUGGUUAGCCGUCACGGAGGCCAUCAUUACAUGCAUCGCGCUUCUCGCCGCCUAUCGGCCGUUUGUCCAUGCGAUUUCGCGCGGAUACGUCGGAAACCGCAUCAAAGAUUCCAUCUGGGUGACUUGGACCAUUCCCCUUGCUUGCCAACUCACGGCCGAUGCCAUCAUCGCUGGCGCUGUGGUUGGGCAGACUCCCGGCUACACCAACCUCAACAAGCUGCACAUCUUCACAGUUUACAUGGCGCGGCCGCGGUUCGCCUUUAUUCUGAUUGCGUGUCUGCGCUGUCUGGUGGCCGUCAAACGUCCCAGAAAGUUUGCCAAAACGACCAUUGUCAAAUACAAAACAGACGACGGAGUAGAGUUUCCGUACACAGACGCGUGGAUCACAACAGCCGUGUCCGAGUUAUUCCUCCUCAUCAUCUCGGCCAUAUUCACAGGCGUCACAUGGCAUCGGCUGCCGUCACAAAGCAAGCCGCGCGAGUUCAUAUCCGACCACGUCAGCUUUAUAUCCAGCGCCCCAGGCCUGAUGCUACUCGUCGUCAUAACCUUUGUUCCCAUCUACAAGCGCUACGGAGAGGCAUUUCCAUUGGAGGGCCGGCGAUAUGAAACCUACAGACACUGGGGCGCUACCGUGAGCAGGGACGGGCGAGCCAGAGUUAGUGUAAAGAAGCAGAAGCAGCGAAUUGUGUUGACGAAGCGUCUGGGUUGUGCACUGGCAGGUGGUGUGAUUUUGGGAUACAUAUCCCUGGUGCAAUGGGCGUACUGGAAUCGGUUCCUGCAAAUGCCCGGCGUCUUGUUUUGCCCGCCAAAGCUCAUACAGUCUUCUGCUGUUUGGAUUGUCUUUUCGACAGUGGGUAUCUUGGCAGGGGCUGCGUCCUGA